AUGUCGAGGAUCCGUGUGAAAGAGGAGCCCCCGGUUUACGGUCCCAGCUCUCAGGAAUGUCCGCGCUUCGUUUUCCGCGGGACCUGGACUUUUAUUGCUGGUAUUACUGCUGCUGGUUUUACUGCCGCUGGUUUUACUGCCUCUGGUAUCACUGACGCUGUACGUAACGAGUGGGAGCGCGAGGAGGGAGACUUCACCGGAGACAUCACCGGAGACAUCAGCGGAGACAUCAGCGGAGACUUCACCGGAGACGACUGA